CCUUCACCGGGAUGAUACAUGCUUAUGAAAGUGAAAUAUCCCUGCACGGGGAAUAGUUUUAAGCCCUAACAUAUCUAAAUAGUUUUAAUCCAUCAUCAUUUCCUUAAUUCGGGAAAAAAAACUCUACCUUCUUCUAUACUCAACUAUUCUAGAGGCACCUGAAAGAAAUCAUGCGAACUGUGUUUUGCAAAUUUAGCUGAUUAAGUUGCGUGUACUCAUCUUCUCUCGCCACUUGACAGAAUUCUCAGAAUUUGACAGACUCGACCAAUUUAUCCUCCUCUGGUGUUGUCGAUUUUUCACUGUCUCGAUUUCUUUCUCCCUCUGAAGUAUUGUAGAAUCCAAUCGCAUACACAAGCUGCACAAGUUUUGUUGAUAAAGAGAAUCCUUCUUUCCCCUUUUAUGCACAAUUUUGCAGGUCUUGCCCAGCUGCUUAAUGAUUGGUUACUUCUAUGAUGGAAUUGUUUUCCCUUCAUUCAGCGCCAUGCUCUACUGCUAUAAAUGUUAGAAGUGAAAUGAUCGAUAUGCAUCCAAGUUUUACUCAAUUAAGGAUUCCCACAACUCCAGGGGAAAGUUUCUGUUAUUCUGUAAUAAAACCUCUCCGUUUGAGAUGCUCAUCUUUAGAUAGAUCAAAGAAACACCGUAUGUGUCUAUGUAGUGGAAACUGCGAUUCAUAUGUCGUUGAUGGCAUCACCAUGACUACAAAUACUGGAGAGGCAGCACCUAAGAUUUUUAUCCCUGGUUUACCGGAUGAGUCCAAGGGUGAUUAUGCAGCUUCAAUUAGCAGUUCUUUCUGGGAAUGGAAGCCGGAACUGAAUGUUUAUUAUGAGAAAUCUGGGUCUGAAAAUGUAAAUUCUACGCCAGUGCUCUUUCUUCCAGGAUUCGGUGUUGGUUCUUUUCAUUACAGAAAACAACUCAAGGAUCUUGGUUGCGAAUUUAGAGUUUGGGCAUUAGAUUUUUUAGGGCAGGGUAGGUCGUUGCCAAACAAAGACAUGACUUUGCAGUUGAACAGUGUUGUUGAUUCAUCAAAUUCUGUUGGAGAUGAUCUUAUAUGGGGUUUUGGAGAUGAAGCUCAACCUUGGGCAGAAGGGCUGGUUUAUUCUAUGGAUCUAUGGAGAGACCAAGUUCGUUACUUUAUUGAAGAGGUUAUUAAAGAGCCAGUUUAUGUUGUGGGAAAUUCGCUAGGGGGGUUUGUUGCACUUUACUUUGCAGCAUGCUACCCUGAAUUGGUAAAAGGUGUUACAUUGCUAAAUGCGGCACCUUUUUGGUGUUUUCUGCCUAAUCCUAUUAAAUCUCCAAAACUGUCGAGAAUAUUUCCAUGGACUGGGACGUUUCCUCUUCCAAUGUCUAUUAGAAAUGUCAUGAAGCUUUUAUGGCAGAAAAUUAGUGAUCCUGAAAGUGUAGCAGAGAUUCUUAAGCAGGUUUAUGCAGACCACUCUAUAGACGUGGAUGAGGUGUUUUCAAAUAUAAUUGAAACAACAAAGCAUCCUGCUGCAGCUGCAUCCUUAGCUUCGAUGAUGUUCGCUCCUGGGAGUCAACUAUCAUUUGGAGAAGCUCUCUCUCGGUGUCAAGAAAACAAGCUGCCCUUAUGUCUAGUUUAUGGGAAGGAAGAUCCAUGGGUGACUCCAUUCUGGGGGUUUCGCAUUAAGGGGAAAAUGCCUGAAGCUGCAUAUUAUGAGAUUAGCCCUGCAGGCCACUGCCCCCAUGAUGAAGUCCCUGAGGUUGUGAAUUUUCUUUUGAAAGGAUGGAUUAGAAGCCUGGAAUCUAAGGGUUCAGUGGCAUUGCCUCUGCUGGAUAACCCAGAGUGUGCUGCCUUUGACACUUCCAGGGAGGUGGAGUUUAUUCGAGGAGGACACAAGAAGGCGGUCAAUGUACAAUUCUAUGGAUCAACAGCUUCACCGUGGGAGAGGUUUCGUUCGUAUGUUGAUUCGCUGUUCAAGAUUAAUGUCCCGAAGCUCCUGGGAAGAGCAUAGAAGUUCUUGAUUCAUGUAGUUUUAGUGGUUGGAAAUGCACAGGGGAUACACAUAUAUAGUAUACAGUCUGUAAGCUAGCACUGUUGUAAAGCUGGAAGUGCCAUUUCAUUCUUAUAUUCGGUAAAAUAAGAAGAGUUUCAGUUUAGGUACGUACAUAUAGGGGGCGUUCUGGUGUACAAAGUCUUCCCACAUAGUGAGGGUUCACCACAGAACGACCAUUGCAAUUUGCAAGUAUUAUUAGCAAACAACUUAUGUAUGCCAGUGGAAGUAAGAUGUUUCAAGCAUUCCAUUUCCUUGUAACUUUCCCUAUUGUCCAUCAGUAGAGAUGAUCGGGAAAGGAAAUGGCCAGGAACCCAGGGUUGUUCAAUCAGGGGCGGACCUAUAGUAUAUUGAGGGUUAGCACAGGCUACACCUCAAAAGUUGUUAUUUGCCUAAGUGGUAGAGCAAUCCCUUAAAAGGAUCCUAGAUGCUACACGUCCCUUGUUCGAUUCUCUUCAAAGUGC